AGAGGGCGGGACUUAGGGUCACGCAGGCGCAGUUGUGUGCCGGGCGCCAAGAUGGAGUUCCCGAAGUAUAAGCCAUCUCGCCUGGCGACCCUGCCGUCUACCCUAGACCCCGCCGAGUACGACAUCUCCCCAGAAACAAGGCAGGCGCAAGCCGAGCGCCUGGCCAUACGAGCCCGGCUUAAACAGCAGUAUCUACUUCAGUACAACGACCCCAGCCGCCGCGGGCACAUUGAAGAUCCUGCCUUGAUUCGCUGGACCUAUGCAAGAUCAACAAAUAUCUAUCCCAAUUUCAGACCCACUCUCAAGAACUCACUGUUAGGAGCUUUGGUUGGGAUUGGGCCCCUUGUCUUCUGGUACUAUGUUUUAAAAUACGAUAGGGAUAGAAAGGAAAAACUUAUCCAGGAGGGACAAUUGGACCGAAAAUUUAACAUCUCCUAUUAGACCUGGCAAGGAUACCUGUUUAUGUUCUUAUUAAAUAAAUCCUCUAUUAAUCUUGAAA